GGCUGGCUGGCUGGCUGGCAGGCAGGGGAAGGUUUCGGCUCCCUGCUCUUGGGGUCGCUCCGACGGGCGGGCUGACCUGGAGCCAAGGGCGGCCGCUCAACUGAGCAGCAACUCCCCCUCUUCCUCUCCAGGAGUCGCUCUUUGCCUCGCAGGAGAAGUUCUUCCAGGACCUCUUCGACAGCGAGCUGGCCUCGCAGGCCACCGCCGAGUUCGAGAAGGCCAUGAAGGAGCUGGCUGAGGAGGAGCCGCACCUGGUGGAGCAGUUCCAGAAGCUCUCGGAGGCAGCCGGCCGAGUCGGAAGCGACCCCGGCUCCCAGCAGGAGUUCACGUCCUGCUUGAAGGAGACGCUCAGCGGCUUGGCAAAGAACGCCAAUGACUUGCAGAACUCCGGCGUGCCUGAGGAGGAGCUGGCGAGAGCCAUGGAGGGCCUGGGCCUGGAGGAGGGCGAGGGCGACGGCAGCCUCCUGCCCCUCAUGCAGAGCAUCAUGCAGAACCUGCUCUCCAAGGACGUGCUCUACCCGUCCCUCAAGGAGAUCGCCGAGAAGUAUCCGGAGUGGCUGCGCAGCCACCGGGACUCCCUGCCCCAAGAUCAGUACGAGAAGUACCAGGAGCAGCACAGCAUCAUGGGCAAAAUCUGCGCCCAGUUUGAGGCCGAGCGGCCCACGGAUGGUGACGCGGAGCAGAGGGCCCGCUUCGAGCUGGUCCUGGACCUGAUGCAGCAGCUCCAGGACCUGGGACACCCGCCAAAGGAACUGGCUGGAGAAUCGCCGCCCAGCCUGAACUUCGACCUGGAGGGCCUGAAUCUGCCCGAGGCUGCCAGCACCACCGGAGAGCAGUGCCGGAUCAUGUUGCCGCCGCUCUCCUCCUCGGCCGGUCCCCGGGCGGAAGUGUCGCAAAGCGGGCCGGUGGCGGGGCCCGUAAAGUGCGGCUGCCGGAAGAGCGGUGACGGCCGCGGAAGGGGACGGGCGCGGUUGGCCGAUAAAAUGGCAGCGCCGGCCCGGCCAGAAGCGGGCGACGCCGCCGCCGGGAGAAGCGGCGGGGCCGGGGCCGGGGCCGGAGGCGGAGGCGGAGGCGCGGGCAGAGGGGCGGCCUCCCGAGGUAGCGUCGCCGGGGGCGGGGCCUGCAGGCCGCACUCCGGGCACGGGUGGGCCGGGUCGGGCUGGCCGACCGGCGGGGCCCCGGCGCAGGCCCGGCCGGCCUCGCGGGCGCCCUCACGGCUCCUCCGGGGCCCCGGCUGGCCCGGCAGCCUCAGCAGCGCAGCCCUGGGCCGGGGCUGCCGCCCGCCGCCCGCAGGGGCCCAACGGAUCCUGCGAGGCUCGGAGCUCCCGCCAGGCCGCGCCGCAGCCCUGCCGCUUGGGGCUGGCGCCCGGAGCGAGUCCGGCGAGGCGCCGCGGCGGCGGCGACGCGGCGGCGCGAGCGAGGAGGAGGAGGAGGAAGGAUACAAGAGGGGGCGGGAAAGGGCAAAUUCACAAGGAAACAAGAUGUCCGACACAGGGAGUAGCACAGAUGGGAAUACAGAUAUACCCAACGGGAGCUUGUCCAGCAGCCCCGAGGAGAUGUCCGGGGCCACCGAAGGGCGGGAGACGUCCUCCGGGGUGGAGGUGGAGGCAUCGGACCUGAGCCCGAGCCUCACCGGCGACGAAGUGGGGCCUGACCGUGUGUACACAGAGAGCUCCGCGGAAGAGAGGGACUCGGACAGCCUGGACAACUCGAGCCCCUACAUCUUCACCCGGCUGAACCGGACCUACAACGUCUCCCACUGGGAGGACGAGGAGGAGGAGGAGCCGGAGGAGCCAGAGGAGCCGGAGGCCGAGGUGCAGCACCCCCGCCAGCGGGCCCAGCGCAAGCGCACCAACCGGGACCGGGACUCUUCGGACGAGGAGCAGGCCCUGGAGGACUGGGUGGCCUCGGAGACCUCGGCGCUGCCGCGGAGCCGCUGGCGGGCCCUGCAGGCCCUCCGCGAGCGGACGCUGGGCUCCAGCGCCCACUUCAUCCAUGAGGCCUGCGGCGCCCGCGUCUUCGUGCAGCGCCUGUGCCUGCAGUACGGCCUGGAGGGCCACAGCGGCUGCGUCAACACCUUGCACUUCAACCAGCGCGGCACGUGGCUGGCGAGCGGCAGCGACGACCUGAAGGUGCUGGUCUGGGACUGGGUGCGCCGGCAGCCCGUGCUGCAGUUCGAGAGCGGCCACAAGAGCAACGUCUUCCAGGCCAAGUUCCUCCCGAACAGCGGGGACUCGACCCUCGCCACCUGUGCGCGUGACGGCCAGGUCCGCGUCGCCGAGCUCUCCGCCACGCAGUGCUGCAAGACUACCAAGCGGGUGGCCCAGCACAAGAGCUCCGCACACAAGCUGGCCCUCGAGCCGGACUCGCCCUGCACUUUCCUCUCGGCCGGCGAAGAUGCUGUCGUCUUCACCAUCGACCUGAGACAAGACCGGCCAGCUUCGAAGCUGGUUGUGACGAAGGAGAAGGGGAAGAAGGUUGGCCUCUACACCAUCUAUGUGAACCCAGCCAACACCCACCACUUCGCCGUGGGGGGCAGGGAUGAGUACGUCAGGAUCUACGAUCAGCGGAAGAUCGACGAGAAUGAGAACGACGGCGUGCUGAAGAAGUUCUACCCCCACCACCUGGCAAACAGCGAGCUGAAAGCCAACGUCACUUGCCUCGUCUACAGCCACAACGGCUCCGAACUCCUGGCCAGCUACAACGAUGAAGACAUCUACCUGUUCGACACGUCCCACAGCGACGGAGCAGAGUACAUCAAGAGAUACAAGGGGCACCGUAACAGCGCCACAGUGAAGGGAGUCAACUUCUACGGCCCCAAGAGCGAGUUCGUGGUCAGUGGCAGCGACUGUGGCCACAUCUUCCUGUGGGAGAAGGCGUCCUGCCAAAUCGUGCAGUUCAUGGAUGGCGACGCGGGCGGAGUGGUGAACUGCCUGGAGCCCCAUCCACACCUCCCAGUCCUGGCGACCAGCGGCCUGGACCAUGACGUCAAGAUCUGGGCCCCCACUGCGGAGAGCCCCACGCAGCUGGCCGGCCUGAAGGAGCUGAUGAAGAAGAACAAGCGGGAGCGGGACGAGGAGAGCCUGCAUCACACCGAUACGUACGAGAGCCACCUGCUCUGGUUCCUGAUGCACCACUUCCGGCAGAGGCGGCGCCGCCGGCGUCGAAGAGACCCGGGCACGGGCGCAACGGACAACGACUCGGACGAUUCCUCGAGCUCCUCAGACACAUCGGACGAAGAUGAGGGCCCAGACCGGGUGCAGUGCAUGCCUUCCUGAGAGGCCCCAGAGGUCGGGGGACGGGGGUGGGGGAGGGGUGCAGGCGUGGGGCGACGCGCCCACCCCUUCUGACUUCCACGUUUUUCGGCUUUUACUGACCUGCAAAGAAGAGCCCCCCCCCGCCUCCCCGCCUCCCCCAGCCCUCGUUAGCCGUCACUUGCCUGGGCGAUCAGCUUGGCAUAAUUGCACUUGGACUUUUCCCGCUUUGGUGCCAGCCGAGGAGGCAGGAGGCGGGGCGCUGGCUGGAGUGGCGGGUGGCGCGGAGCCGCCGGCUGCCAGCACCGCCUCUUCUCUGCGGCCUCUGCGUGCGGGCCGGUGGAAGCAGAAGCCGAGGGGCCGCGAGGAGUCCGCCGCUUUCCCAGAGGCGCAGGGAGCUUGGGCGCCCCUGUCGCCUGUCCCCCGUGAAGCUUCUUUUGAGUGGGUUGAGUUAGUUUUUCCUCCCUUCCCUUGAGAUGUUGGUGUGAGCCCGAAACAGCCUCUUGGUGGAGGCGUUGUGCUUUUCUCCCCUCCACCCCGGCACCCCCGAGGAGCACUGCUGCAUGCUGCUUCCAAAGCGAGCCAACUUGGACUCAGCUUUUUGGAUUAAGUUUGGGGCGGAGGGUUCACUCCCCUAUUUGUCUUUCGUUUGUGUUUUUUUUCUUAGGCAGUUCUAGGCACAGAGAACCUCCUUUGCGAUCUAGAAACUUUCUUUGCUGUCUAGAAGGCCCCUUUGCUGAGUUUCUUGGAGCAUAAAGUUUAAAGAGUUUAAAUGCAGAGGUCUGGGAACGGACAGCCCCUUCCCCCCUUUACCUAAAGUGGGGGCUUGUUGGCCCUCCAAACCAAGUGGCUGUAGGAUCCAGUUCUUUGCCAGAAAGUUCUUCAUUUUUUCUUCCUCCUAAGAAUAAUCUAUUGUUUUCGAAAACAAAUUUCCCCUCUUGCUGUUUAGAGGCCUAAUUUUAUAUGUAUUAAACAAUACGAGAACCAAAUUAAACUUGGAUGUUAUCAAGUUAAAAUUAUUGUAAAAGUUUAAAUAUAUAUAUUAUAUAAAUGCAAUAAAGAUUUGAGAGACA